UCAACGGGAUAAGGUGGCAGUCUUUUGCAAAACCUCUUGAAGAAUGGUUGAUGCAAAAAAGUCUCUUUCGACGCUAUCGCACCAGAAUAAUUAAUUCGCUACGCCAUAAAAAUCUUUACAAUAUAUUCUACUUUCAAGUUUUAGUGGUACUAUACCUACGCAGUGUUAACUGUUUAAUAUUUUAAAUCCUGCGCUCUUUUGAUUCCAUCAUGGCUUUGGUGAAGAUGGUCACCGUUGAAGAAGAGAUGAAAAGAAAUCCGGAACUUAAGGAAGCCGAUUUAGCAUUGCUCCGAGAAUGGCUCAAGAAACAGCCGCAUCUACCACCUUUGUCAGAUUCCGAAUUGGUAUUGUUCCUCCACAGCAACUAUUACCGCAUGGAGCCAACGAAAACGACCAUCGACACAUUCUUUACCGUACACACUCACGUUCCAGAAUUUUUCUCAAAUGUCGACCCAUUAGGCUCCAAGGACGUUCGAGCAAUCAUGAAAGUUGUAUGCCAGUUUCCGCUGCCCGGAAAAACGCCAGAGGGGUACACCGUAAUAUACGCAAAAGUCACGGACAGCGAGCCUUCCCACUACGUGUUUUCUGAGGCUGUCAAGCUCUUGGGCAUGAUCACAGAAUUGCUCCUUUGGAGUGAAGGCACCUGCCCGGGGCAGAUUAUUCUCGUUGACAUGGAUGGUGUCGUAUUCGGUCAUAUGGCCCGCCUGAGUCCUAUGACGAUAAAAAAGUACUUUUACUAUCUUCAAGAAGCUCUUCCGGUCCGAGUAAAGGGCUUGCAUUUCAUGAACACGGUUCCGUUUAUGGAUGUUAUUCUGAACAUGAUAAAGCCUUUCAUGAAAAAGGAACUCAUGGAUGUGCUCGUUCUGCACAGCAACAAGGAUAGUUUGAAUCAGAAAAUCCCGCUUGAGAUCUUGCCAAACGAAGCAGGCGGUGAAGCUGGCACGUUGAAAGAUCUAUGGGCCGCUCAAGUGAAGAUUCUUGAGAAUCACCGCGCUUGGUUCCAGGAACAGGAAUCGCGCAAGGUCAACGAAGCUUUACGACCCGGCAAAGCGAAGAACGCUGCUGAUCUUUUUGGGGUCGAAGGAAGCUUCAAAAAACUGGACAUCGACUAGUAUUAUACCAGAACUAUUCGACUCCACAGAUACAUGAUUACGCAAUGUGUAUCUGCAUUGAUUAAUUCAUGAUUUCAAUUGUUAGUAGGUAUAGGUAUCGUACAAAUUAAGUUGCUGCGAAUGAAUAAAAAAUCAAUAUUCCGACUAA